UUUUUUUUUUUUUUUGCUUCUCAUGCGUGAUAGUUUUCUGGCAAUUUUGCUUUGUGGGUUUGGUUAGAUCUGUAAAGCUGGUUUAUUUGUGUCUUUUAUGCGUUAUUUUUUCUGUUCAUUGUCUGUUUUCCUUGUCCAGAUUAUCAAACCCUGAUUUUUCUUUCAAGUUCCCCAGAAUUUGGUCCUUUCUUUGUUAUUAUCGGAAAUUAUUUCUUAGUUUUCCGUUCUUUUAAAUUUCCCUGUUGAUCUGAGACGUUUUCUUCUAUAAUUCAUUUCCUUUCCAUAUCUACUGAAUUACCCUUUUUAGAAAGUUCUAAAUGCAUCCAUUUCUUGUUCUUCAAUCAAUUGUAUUUUGCGUUACUGACAAGCAAAGAGUAGUUUUCAUCUUUAUUAAUGGAAUGUGACUGGUUAUGUUUUUGAACGUGAUAAAAGAUUUCCUGCUAGUAUCUCUUCUCUGAUUCUUGGUUACUAUGUAUUCCUAGUUUUGAGCCUAUCUUCCUUGUUAAAACAAAGCUGACUUUGAGAUUGUUUUCAACUUUUUGUGUGUUUAUUGUGUUGAGACGGUUAGGAUGGAAGGCGAAAGUGCUUUUCGGAAUUGGGAUGAGCUAAUACCAGAUGCUCUUGGACUAAUCUUUAAACAUCUAUCACUCCAGGAGGUACUAACAGUGAUCCCUCGCGUUUGCAAAUCAUGGGGAAAAGCAGUAACAGGACCAUAUUGUUGGCAAGAGAUCGAUAUCGAAGAAUGGAGCAAAUGUUGCCAACCUGAACACCUUGAUCGGAUGCUUCAAAUGUUGAUCGCAAGAAGUUCUGGAUCUCUCCGCAAGCUCUGUGUUUCUGGCCUGCACAAUGACAUGAUGUUCACCUUCAUUGCAGAAAAUGCUGGUUCCCUUCAUACAUUGCGCCUACCAAGAGGUGAGAUGAGUGAUUCUGUUACUGAGCAGAUUGCUGGAAGGCUCUCAGCGAUCACUUUUUUGGAUUUGAGCUAUUGCAAUAAAAUCGGUGCUCGUGCUUUAGAGGCCAUAGGAAAGAACUGCAAAAUGCUGGUAGGUUUGUGCCGGAACAUGCACCCAGCUACAGGGAAGCUCACGCAAGAUGAUGAGGCUAAUGCCAUUUCUGCAACAAUGCCUAAGCUCAGGCGUCUUGAGAUGGCUUACCAUGAUCUUAGCACUGAAAGUGUUUUAACGAUCCUUUGUAGCUGCUCUCAGCUAGAAAUUUUAGAUUUGAGAGGGUGCUGGGAUGUCAAACUUGAUGACAAGUUCAUCAAGGGGAAGUUCCCAAACUUGAAGAUUUUGGGACCCAAUGUCAAGGAUUGCUAUAAUGAUUGGGACGAUUGCUCAGAUUACUCGGAUGGUUCUGAGUACUUGGCCUGGGAAUUCCUAGCUGGUGGAAUGGGUGAUUAUGAUGAUGAUGAUGAUGAUGAUGUACUCUAUGACGGAAUGUGGGAUGAUGAAGGCAGGCUGGAGGAGCUUGAGCUAAGGUUCUACGACGGAAUUGUUGAGGAUGCAGGAGUCCAUGGUUGGCCUCCAUCACCUUAGGUUCUGUGUUUCUUCCUUGUCAAGUUGUGUACUAUUUCAAGCGUUUUCUAUCUUGGAACUUCUACUAUAUGCUCUAAAUGUAGUAUAUGUUUCAAUAGGAAUGAACUUGUGUGGUUUGUAUCUCUCUUCUGUCAUGCAUAAUCUAAAGUUCCAAGUGAAAGAUUCCUUGUAUAGUCCUGAGUGUAUUUUGGUUGCUAAUUAACAAUCAGAUUUGAAUUCAAAUGCCCUUGAGGUGGAAAUAGAAAGAUAAGAUCCAUAUGAAUA